CCGAUUGUCAGAUAGAAGCUGUAACUGUGCUUCCUUGUUGCUACGAGCUGUAUACCCGUUGCUAGAUUAAAGCAAAUUCCAGUAUUCAGAUUCGGUUUCGGUCGGGAGUCGCUUGUUCAUGCGACUACUCUUUGUGUUGCUAAUUAAAGAGGCGUGCUCAGCUGAAACACAUCAGUAUUUAUUAAUUAAGAAACGCGGAGGCGGAAGCGUCAGCCCUUGUCGUGACCGAGCUCGUGUAAAGACCUGCGAGUCUACCUGUGCGAGUCCACCGAGCAAGGACACCACAAGACACCACAUGUGCUGCUAAAUAUACUUUUUUCUCCCUUUAUUCCUCUUGCUGUUACCUGUUUACACACACUAACAUGUGUCAUCAGUAUAUCCCUGUUAUUUGCCACAGGCACAGACCAUGGCAUUCUCCCAGAAACAUAUGCAACUUGGACAACUUACAUGCUCUGAACGCAGCCUCUGCAGGUUCCAUCUCAUUCUCAAUCGGACUUUGGAACUGCCAAUCUGCUGUCAACAAGGCAGAUUUCAUUCCUACAUUUGCAACCCACUCCAACCUCAGUGUGCUGGCUCUGACUGAGACCUGGAUCCAUGCUGCGAACACUGCCACACCCGCUGCCCUGGCCUCCAACUUCAACUUCUCCCAUACCUCACGUCCCAACAGACGAGGGGGUGGUACAGGUCAACUGGGGAAGUUCAUCGAUGAAUUUGACACGCUACUGUCCACCCUCCCGGAUGAUGGAACUCCGCUUCUGAUCCUUGGUGACUUCAACAUUCAUCUAGACAAGCCACAUGCAGCUGACUUUCUUGCUCUCCUUCCCACAUUUGACCUCAACCAGUUCAUCACACCAGCAACCCACAAAGCCGGCAAACAGCUUGACCUCAUCCUCACACAUGCGAUCACAGGUAGCAGUAGAUGAGAGUGAGAGGAUCUUUACUGAGAUGAUCAGCUCCAUGGAGAAAAAGCGCUCGGAGAUGAAGUUGCAGAUCAGAGCUCAGGAAAAAGCUGAACUGAGUCGAGCUGAACGACUCCUGAAGCAACUGGAGCAGGAGAUUGCUGAUCUUAAGAGGAGAGUCACUGAGCUGGAGCAGCUUUCACACACACACGAUCACAUCCACUUCCUCCAGAGUUUCCCGUCUCUCUGUGUUUCUCCUGGAUCUGAGGACUCACCCAGCUUCACUGUCAAUCAACAUCUCUCAUUUGAUGGAGUGAGGAAAUCUCUCUCAGAUCUGAAAAAACGAGUGGAGGAAAUCUGUGAGGAGGAAUUCAACAAAAUCCGUCCACAAGUUGCAGCAGUUCAGAUGAUUUUACUCUCAGAAUCAGAUUACAGAGAAGAUUUUCUGCAGUAUUUCUGUUAUCUGACUCUGGAUCCCAACACAGUACAUCAUCACCUCAUUCUGUCUGAGAAGAACAGAGCGGUGAAGAGCAAUGAGAGAAAACAGCGAUACUCUGAUCAUCCAGAGAGAUUUGACUCCUUGUAUCAGGUGUUGUGUAAGGAGAGUGUGUGUGGACGCUGUUACUGGGAGGUGGAGUGGAGCGGGGAUGAUGGUGUGGAAAUAUCAGUCUCAUAUAAAGAGAUCAGCAGGAAAGGACGGGGUAAAGAGUGUGGGUUUGGAUGCAACAGUCAGUCCUGGAGUCUGUGGUGUUCUUCUUCCUCUGUCUGUUUCUGGAACAACGGCAUUCAGACUGAUCUCCAAGGUCCAGCGUCCUCCAGAAUAGGAGUGUAUGUGGAUCACAGUGCAGGAACUCUAUCCUUCUACAGCGUCUCUGACCCGAUGAAGCUCCUCCACAGAGUCCACACCACAUUCACUCAGCCUCUAUACGCUGGGUUCAGGAUGUGGAGUUCUGACUCGACUGUGAGGUUCUGUGAUCUGAAAUGAAAUGUUGGUAAAAUUUUUUUACUAAAAUUAUAACUGAGGUGUUAGAUUUAUUUUCACCCCGAGUUAGAAUGUCACUUUUGUGUGUAGAAACUGUUACAGCCAUUUUGCAAUUUGUUAUUGUAGAGUUGGAAUUUGGGGUUGUUUGAUGCAGCAACCAGCUAGCGUAAUCUAUUAUUUGGGAUUGUGUUACAUUUUUGUAAAGUUUGGUGCUGUGUAUGUAUCAAGGUCGUGGGUUACAUGUGGUGCAAGAGGACUAUAUAUGACGUAAAUUAAACUUCUGACAGGACACACGGAAAUGGAGAGCUGGGAAGUACACCUUUUUUGACCAUGCUCCUGCACGGCAUUUCAGCACAAGUAAUUUUACGUUAAGUUUAACAGCAAGGUUUAAUUUUUAACAAGUUUUCGUUCAUUAUUUUUUUCCUGUCAAGAAAAUAAAGGACUUUCAUAUCAACGGUAUGUGAGGAGAGUGCGU